GAAAAUGGACGCGGCGAUAAUCGGUCUACCUGGGCGGUGCACGUGAAAGACCCGCGCUCUGUGACGUUCGCCCGACGCGGUCGACACCGACAUCGACGUCCACCACCAUGUCCUCCGCCCUCGUCGCCCGCUCAGCCAUCAACGCCCGCCUCGCCUCCACUUUUGCCCGAGCUCGAAGCGUGUCUGAUGCCGCAUAUGUGCCCGGUGGACCCAUCUACAAGGGCACCGUGAACGACCCUACCACCUUCCCUCCUCCCUCCAAGUCGCAUGGCUCGUACCACUGGGCAUUCGAGCGCCUCCUCUCCGCGGGUCUCGUGCCCUUGACCGUCGCCGCCUUCGCCACGAGCGGCAGCAGCUAUCCUCUCCUCGACGGCAUCCUGGGCGUCAGUCUGGUCAUGCACAGUCACAUCGGGUUCGACUCCAUUAUCGUCGACUACCUGCACCCGCGCAAGUUCCCCAUCCUCGGCCGCGUGUUCACCUGGACGCUUCGCGCAACUACCGUCGGUGUGCUCGUCGGUGUUUACCAAUUCAACACCAACGACAUUGGUCUCACUGAACUUAUUGCCAAGGUCUGGCACGCAUAAGGCAUCUUUGGUGGCAACGGUGGACAUUGCAGAGAGCGACGACGACCCGAUUGAGCAGCUAAGUUGCAUCUAGAUGCACGUUUUCCCCUGUAUAGCAGCAAAGCGGCUCGUCAAUGUUAUGUGCGUGGCUGUAGCGCACGAUGUACUUGUGCGCUCGCGGAGAUUUCUUGUUCAGCCUCAAUAUAACGGCCCACUACAACAGCCUCUCGUAUUCCGAACACAAGCAGUUAUUGGUUCCAUAUACAACACAGCCAUGCUGGCC